UGCCUAGUUUGUAGUGAUUCCUAUGGUAACUCAAUCAUGUAAUGCAUUAAUAUGGUGAAACAACAGAAGGCAAUUGUGCCUUCAAUUAAUUAAUUUUGUUUACCAUGAGUAACUCAAUUGCUAUUUCUUUUUUCGGUGCAAAUUUUAUAUAUAUAUGUAUAUAUAAAAAUAAAUAUAGAUAUUUUUCAUUUCUGUUUAUAUGCAUGUAAUUUUGUUUAUUUGUUUGUUUUUCCUUGUUUAGAUGUUGCACUUGUUACUUCUCUUAGAGAUGGAAUGAAUCUUGUGAGUUAUGAGUUUGUUGCUUGCCAAGCAUCCAAGAAAGGAGUCCUCAUUCUGAGUGAGUUUGCAGGUGCAGCACAAUCGCUCGGUGCUGGUGCCAUUUUAGUAAAUCCAUGGAAUAUCACAGAAGUUGCUGCUUCCAUUGCUUAUGCUUUGAAUAUGCCAGCUGAUGAAAGAGAAAAGAGACACCAGCAUAAUUUCAUGCAUGUAACAACUCAUACAUCUCAAGAAUGGGCUGCAACCUUUGUUAGUGAACUUAAUGAUACUAUUGUGGAAUCUCAACUGAGGACUAAGCAAGUUCCACCUCUACUUCCUAUGAAAGAAGUCGUUGAUCACUAUUUGGAAUCCAAUAAUAGAUGAUUCUUAGUUUAUUUACAUUAAUUUACUAAGGAAUGAACUUUAUGAAGUUUUUUUUUUAUUUUGGUAGGGGUAACCUUAAAAUGAUAAUUUUAUGACUUAAUUUAGUAUUGAACAUUAUAAAGAAUUUUAGCA